UCUUUCAUCCGUUUGGCGGUUAUUGCGACUGGAAGAUAGGUGAAUGAAUUAAUCUAUGGAAUGAAUAAAAAAUAGAAAGAUGAUAGAAAGUUAGGUUAAAAGCAGUUAAAAGAGUCAGACAUAUAUAUACUUUCAAGUAAUUUUGCUAAGAAUUUUUGUUUUCGUUUCUGUUUAAUCUGAGGUAAGGUCCAUUUGCUUACAAAUUUUAACUGGCAAAAUAAACUACUGGAAAAUAUGGCCCUUUCAAAAACUACAAAUACUUAUAAUCGACAAAAUUGGGAGGACUUAGAUUUUCCUAUUUUAUGUCAAACAUGUUUAGGUGAUAAUCCAUACAUACGCAUGACCAAGGAGAAAUACGGCAAAGAAUGUAAAAUAUGUGCCAGACCAUUUACUGUAUUUAGAUGGUGUCCUGGUGCCCGAAUGAGGUUUAAGAAAACAGAAAUUUGUCAGACAUGUAGCAAACUUAAGAAUGUAUGUCAAACAUGUCUUUUAGAUUUAGAAUAUGGACUUCCUAUUCAGGUUCGAGAUUCUGCAUUAAAAAUUAAGGAUGAUGUUCCAAAGAGUGAUGUAAAUAAAGAAUAUUACAUACAAAAUAUGGAGAGGGAGUUAACAAAAUCUGACUCAGGAACUGCUAUUAAUUCUAAAGCACAUGAACAAAAUGACCUGUUAAUGCGUUUAGCACGUACAGCUCCAUAUUAUAAAAGAAAUCGUCCUCAUGUUUGUUCCUUUUGGGUGAAAGGAGAAUGCAGAAGAGGAGAAGAAUGUCCCUAUAGGCAUGAAAAGCCCACAGAUCCAGAUGACCCCCUGGCUGAUCAAAAUAUUAAAGAUCGUUAUUAUGGUGUAAACGAUCCCGUAGCUGAUAAAUUGCUCAAAAGAGCUGCUGCCAUGCCUUCUUUACCACCUCCUGAAGAUAAAAGUAUUACUACUUUGUAUAUAGGAAAUUUAGGCAACUUAAAUGAAAGUGACAUCAGAGAUCAUUUCUACCAGUAUGGAGAAAUAAGAUCAAUAAGUAUGGUGCCUAAGCAGCAAUGUGCAUUUGUACAAUAUACAACAAGAGCUGCAGCAGAACAUGCAGCAGAUAAAACUUUUAAUAAACUCAUUCUUGGCGGUCGUCGGUUGACUAUAAAAUGGGGUCGAUCUCAAGGCAGACAAGGACUCCAGGUCGUUAAUCAAAACUUGGAAACAUUUGAACCAGUCCCUGGUUUACCUGGAGCUUUACCAGAACUUAGCAACAACUUCUUUAAUUUGGAACCAGGUCAUAUUCCUUUGCCCAACAUGCCUCCUCCACCUUCGUUGAUGGUUCCGCCUAUGUUUGGUCCUCCUCCGCCAAUGCCACCCUUCUUCUUUACUCCUCCUCAAUUGCCUCCAUUUAAUCCUACUACAGGUGCAGCAGUCAACGUAGCAGCGAGUAGUAGCGUGACGAGUAAUGACGCAGGUAGUAGUACAGUCGCACCCACUGCAAAACCUACUGUACAUUAUCCUAGUCAGGAUCCGUCUCGAUUAGGAGCCACUCAGUUACAUGCAGAUCGGCAGGAAUAGUAAUUAUUUGAUAGUAUUUAAUUUUCAAUGGUUUAUCUUAGAUUUUUAAAAACAAUAUCAUUUAUUAUUUUGUUACAAAAGUAACAUCCAUUUCGAUAAUAAAGAAUUAUCUAAAAGACA